CAACACUUACCGCAAACUUAAACACAGCGGCAAUGGCGGGUGGAAAUAUGCCCAUUGAAUCUGUUAUCGAGGAGAAAACCGACGUGGAGAAGCCCAUAGAUCGAGAAAAGACUUGUCCAUUAUUGUUGAGAGUUUUUAUCAACACUGGAAGACAUCAUUCCUUGAGUGAGUUCUCAAGAGGAAAUGUUCCAUCUAAUGAAUUACAAAUUUAUACUUGGAUGGAUGCUACUCUCAAAGAGUUGACGAGUCUGGUCAAAGAGGUUAAUCCUGACGCUAGAAGAAAGGGAACCUACUUUGAUUUUGCUCUGGUGUUUCCCGACAUCCGAGGUCCAGGAUAUAGGAUGCGAGACAUAGGCACUACCUGUUCGGGACAGAGAGGAACCGAUGAUAACAAAACACUGUCCGUAUCUAGAUUUCAGAUUGGAGAUUAUUUAGACAUAGCUAUAUUUCCGCCUCCUUCGAGAGGACCUCCCAUUCGUAGGGGAGGGCGCCCGUAUUAAAAAAUUGUACACAUUUUUGUAAAUUUUCAUAUUCAUUUGAUGUAUCUAUAAUUUUUUUUUCCAUAAAAUAAAGUUU